GUUUCGUGCCCUACGUAUAUAGGGGACGUAGAAUUAUAUGAAGAUUUAGGUCUAAAGUGACUGCGUAGCCCUCAAACACCCCUACAUAUCCCUCCAUAGAUAACGUACUUUUAAUCUUUCCGAGAAUGAACUAAUAUCCAAGUCGACUAUCAAUUCCCCACGCUCGAAUGCGCCCUCCUUCAGCCACGGUUCUCGUGGGGUUUCACGUCAUCCGAAAUGCAUUCCUAACUGGGGGGGCCAGAGGGCAUAAGUCAGUCCUCCACCACAGAUAUAACUAGAAACGCUCUCCUCUAAGAGAUUGUAUUAUUCUCUGGUCCAAAUUCUGAGCUACUUACUUCCGUGUCGAAAAAAAAGAUCCCAAGUCUACCUAGCCACAAUGAACUGGCUCUUCGUGGCAGAUCUUGUGCUUUAUAUCAUCCUCCUCCCCCUCACCGUCUAUAACCUCUGGACCCAUCUAUGGGCCGGGUUCUUAGCAUGGUACUAUCUGGGGGUGUUCUGUGCCGUUCGGGUUAUUGCCGGAGGUCUAGGAGCGGGUAACAGCGACACCAUGGUCGCCAGCAUCCUCAUUGGCGUUGGCACAUCCCCAUUGAUCCUAACCGUUGACGGACUCGUUCACGAAGCUCGCGUGCUCCGCAACCCCACCGCUAAUCCGUGGAUUGGCUGGGGCUUUGUCGCACUCGUAACGGGGGUGUCAGGCGCUGGCGUUGGUCUCUCUGUUUCCGGCGCGCUGGAUAUCUACAACGGCCAUCCUAAACCGAAUAGUCUCGGUCACUGGCAGGCCGGAGCGGCAUUGUUCGUGGCAGCCUGGGCAUUGGAAGUGAUCUGGGCUCUGCUUUCUCUGCUUCCUUUCAAUCGUGCGAGAGACGCUCCACGGGGUCGGGACGGAACUCUGCUUCUGCACGCCUCCUUCGUGGCCCUUGUUUUUAUCGGAAUCCGCGUGAUCUAUACUCUCAUCUUCGUCUGCACACAACGAAUGGACCUCAGUCCCAUCACUGGGACGACAGCGGUGCGAGCCGUGCUUAUAUUCCUUCCGGAGGCAUUGGCGGCUCUGAUGAUUACGAUUGCCGGGCUGAAAUCGCGGAACCGACUGCUCAAGGUAUCGAACUCGUUUGAACCUUGA